AUGAUACCCUAUGGGCGGAACAUCUCCUUCUCCAACAACAAGCUUGCAGGAACCAUCCCGCCGCAGCUCGGCCUCUUUACGGGAGUGGAACUUAUCAACUUAAUCUCCUUAGAUCUCUCAGUAGCCGAGGUUGUUCGUGUUCCGUAUGAACCGAGGACACGAAAAUUGUUGCCCGGUACUACACAUGGCCAGGGUGUGACUGGGAGAGCGGCCAAGGCACUGCAGCACGUUGUAAUCCGCGGCCACGGGAAGGUCGCAUCGCGGUCAUCGUCGUGGCUCGAGCUAGCAGCCAUGGCAGCUUCUGCUUUGUUAGGGUUGAUCUGCGCCAUAACAGGGCUCGUGCUCUGCUGCAUCCGUAGCAAGAGAACGCGGCAGCAGAGCAUGUCGGCUAUCAUAACCGAACCUGAACUCCAGCGAGGACUGGGGCCUAGGCAGUUCCGCUACGGCCAACUUGCCGCCGCGACUUGCAACUUUGCAGAGGAGAAGAAGAUCGGGAGAGGGGGGUUCGGUCAGGUUUACAGAGGCUACCUUAGUGACCAGGACCUUCAUGUGGCAAUCAAGACGCUCUCAGUUGCUGUCUCUGAGGAGAGGUCAGUGCAGGGUCUCAAGGAGUUCCAGGCGGAGGUCACCGUCCUGAGCCAGCUCAGGCACCGCAACAUUGUCCAGCUCGUCGGCUGGUGGUGCGGUGGCCGGAGAAGGCGGAGAGGACGGCGGCUAGCGCUCGUCUACGAGCUCAUGCCCGGCGGCAGCCUCGACACGCACCUCUACGACGCUGACAAGCACUUAACUUGGCCAGAGAGGUACGAGAUCGCGCUGGGACUGGGCUCUGCCUUGCGGUACCUCCACACGGAGUGCGACCGGUGCAUCGUGCACGGGGACAUAAAACCCGCGAACGUGAUGCUCGACGCGUCGGGCAACGCUAAGCUCGGCGACUUGGGGCUAGCAAGGCUCGUCGACCAUGGCGCCGAGCCACGGACGACACAAGUCGUCGCAGGCACCGUCGGGUACAUUGACCCAGAGCUCGUCAACGGCCAGAGGUGUGCAGCUUCGGCGUGGUGCUUCUCGAGAUCGGCUGUGGCCGGCGGCCAACCUCGGGGACCCUAA